UGCUGCAUUGUUAGUGACGUGGAUUUUGUGUAGUGUGUUUGAAUUUUUGGUUGUUACUGCGAGCUGGGAGAGUAGGGGUUCAAGUUUGAUGCUUUGAUUGCUGCUUUGGUAUUGAUGCUUGAUGCGUAUGGAGUAUGGCAUCAGUGGUGAUGCAAUUCGAUUUGGUUUUAGAUUUUAAGAGGGUGAAGGGGAGGUGUGCUACGAAUUCUUUAAAGAUGGCGGCUCAUUCGUGGAUUGGGCUGCUGCUGAUGCUUUUGGUGGUUCCUUGGGCGAGCGCAGCAGUCUCAGAGAAGGAUGUGCUUGUACUUACUAUUGAAAACCUCUCCAAGACAAUAAUGGAUAAUCCCUUCAUUGUUGUUGAGUUUUAUGCUCCCUGGUGCGGACACUGUAAGAAGCUAGCUCCUGAGUAUGCCAAGGCUGCAACGGAGCUUAAGAGCCACGAUCCCCCAAUUGUUUUGGCCAAGUUGGACGUAAAUUCGGAGGAAAACAAGCCCUUGGCUUCUGAGUACGGGAUCAAGGGCUUUCCAACUAUCAAGAUCUUCAAGAAGGGUGGGGGCAUCGUGUCAGAUUAUAAAGGCCCCCGAGAUGCUGCGGGGAUUAUCGCUCAUCUGAAGCAAUUGGUUGGACCACCUUCAGUGGAAAUUACGUCAGCCAAGGAAGCAGAGGAAUUAGUCAAUAAGUCUCAGCUUACAGUCGGUUUGUUCAAGAGUCUGGAGGAUAAAGAAUACUUGGACUUCAUGACUGUAGCGGAUGAAUUACGAACAGAUUACCAGUUUGCACAUACUUUAGACAGCUCUUUUGUGCCCGACAAGGGUGUUGUACUUGUGGCUCCUGCAGUUCGUCUGUACAAGUGCUUUGACGAAGGUUUUAAUGAUGCUCAAGACUUGUCGGUGAAGGGGUUGAAAAAGUUUCUUGAAGAAAAGAGCGUUCCACUUGUCACUGAAAUGAACAAAGACCCUACAUCUCAGGCUUUCUUGAGCAAGUUCUUCAACACUGUUGCUACCAAGGCUUAUCUUCUCCUGGACUUGAAGGCUGAUACCGCUGAGUCUUACAGGACCAUCUACGGUGAUUUGGCGAAAGCUUUCCAGCCAAAAGGCCUCAAAUUUCUCAUAGCUGAUUCAAAAGAGAACGACAACGCUGUGAAGUUUUUUGGUAUCAAAGAUGGUGGAUUGCCAGCACUUGUUGUUCAGGAUAAAGAUAAUAAUAGAAAGUAUGUGGUACACAACAUCGAGGCUUCAGAUAUGCCUGGAUGGUUACAAGAUUUUCAGGAUGGCAAGAUUGAAGCAUACGUGAAAUCUGACGAGAUACCAGUAAAAAAUGAUGAGCCCGUGAAGGUUGUUGUGAGGAAGUCUCUCAAUCAGAUGGUAUUAGAUUCUGGGAAGAACGUGCUGCUGGAGUUUUACGCACCUUGGUGUGGUCACUGCAAAAAGCUAGCCCCUACCCUGGAUGCGCUUGCGGCCGAUUUUAAGGAUGACUCCGAUGUUGUUAUUGCUAAGAUGGAUGCCACCGCCAAUGAUGUCCCUUCAGACCUGUUUGACGUCAAGGGCUUCCCAACACUCUACUUUCGCACAGCCACUGGAGAAAAUAUUCGAUAUGACGGUAACCGCAGUAAAGCUGACCUCUCGAAGUUUAUUAAGAAGCACAGAACAACUGCUCUUGAAACUGCAGGUUCUACGGGAGAGGGUGGUGAUGCUAAGGAUGAACUGUAAUUAUCAGUUUGGCAUCCAAUUUAGCGACAAUAAAAUUUUCCAUUUGUAAGCAGAUUAUGUAUGUUGGCUAUAAUACUACUUGCUGGUUCCAAAUCAGACCUCAUGUGAUGGCUGUACGUCGUCCGUUUUGAUGUGGUUUGGACAAACAGUUGUCUCUGCUCUUCAGAUCUUUUGUGCCCACCUUGUGCGGUUAUGGUUCUAUUAGUUUUGGAUAUAGUAUUUUUGAAGCGGCCUAGCAGAUUGAUUAGAGCUGGUGUUGAGGUCCACGCCACUGAUGAGCCGAAGGUCCAUUAGUUCCACUCGGCAGACUCAAUAACCAUCUAGACAGUUCUUCAGACAUCUUAUUCUGCCCUCUCACCUUAGACAUCCUGCAUUGAUUGUUUCAGUUGCUGAAAAAGAGCUCAUAAAAACGGUAUCUAGGAGUUCAUAGGCUACAAUGUAUUGCUUAUUCAAUCACCAAGGCCAAUACUCUUUCACCGACUUUGGAUUCUCCAAUGAUGAUAAAGGGUCUUAUUACUCAGGA